AGGGUUGUUUCGUUUGAGUGAACAUACUUCACAUUCCUACCACUACUGGGCACCGCCACAAACAAAUGAGAGGAAACAAUUUUUUUCGACGAAAAAACAGGGAAACUUUUGUCUUUGUCUGUCCGCACUUCCACGCAACCAAACCAGCUGUCGAAACACAUCCCCUGAAGGUGUGAACAUGUUGCUGAGAGAGAGUACCAAAGCUGACGGCACUCUGGCUCUGAUGAAAGGUCUGGAGGAUCGUUUAAGAGCUGAAAUCCACAAGUUGGAUCACUUGCGUCUUUCCAUUUCAGAGGCUCUCUCACCCAACAGUGACGCCGGCUUCGAUUGCAUCCAAGACAGUAAUGAGGAGCUGAAGAUGUCCAUCGCUGAGCAUGGUGAGGGGCUGGUCAGACUGAACGAACGGAUGGAGACCCUGCAGAUGAACACAGCUGUCUUUAUGCAGAUGAACACCAAACCGCGGGUGUGGAACAAGCCGAACAGCAAGCGAUACAGCCGCUGGACUAGCCCAGGUUACGCUGAUGACACCCGGUCCGAGGUUGGUUGGUCUCCGGCGAGGACCCGACGAAACAGCGACGCAGCAUCCGAGAUGUCCUGCGCCUGGUAACAAACACCGAGGAAGGGCCCAACCCUCCCCCUGCCUCUUGCUCCUCCCUGGGGGGGAGAGUGGGGUGGGGUGGAUGGGGGGGGGAGGGAAUCAUUUCCUGAUGCGUUCCUCUUCCUGCAGAGAGAAUAAAAAUGCUCAACAAUGGAACGCCGCACUUUCCCAUUUCCAGCAAAGUUCCAUCACUGUUAGUCAGAAACUCGCUCUCUCAUUUCACUCAACAGUCUGAUCAAACAGAGCAAAUGCCCAAAUGCAGUGAGAUUUACACAGUCAAUAUACCUUCACGUCAGUUUAAAAGUGGAAAGGUGCAAAAUUAAACGAUAAUAAGAACAUAACAUAAGAACGCAAGAAAUGCUAGACUCAAAAAGAUUAAGGGCCAUCUAGUUCGCCUUCCAGCUUCCUGUCGGUCGCAUGUACAAACGUCCCAAGCUACCUAAUAAUAAUAAUAAUCCUGGCAUUUGAUACAACGCCUUACCACGUCUUCGAGACGUCUCAAAGCGCUUCACAGAAUAUACUGUCAAGUGAAUUAACUGUAUAUUUUGUGGACGAAUCAACUGAACUUAUAGCAAUUUAUUUUCUAACUUACAGGUCUGUAGUUAUGUCAGUCAGACACAGUGUAGAAAGUUCCUCACGAAAAAUUUACUCCAUAACAAUAACCGUGGGAGAAUCAAAAUCGUACCUCGAUAUCUUUCCAGCCCUAAUCUUAUAGAAUGGCUGUUCCAGACUCCCUUUCGAGUCAAGCAGACAGUCGUUGUCACACGGAGUAGUGUGGGUCUGUCUGGCUUUGCCGGGUCUCUGAGGAAGCACUUCAAUUUCAGGGAGAACCCGUUUACAGGUUGAAGGGCUGAGCGAACCCAUUGGGAUUUGAACUCUGGACUCUUUUGAGUCAUAAGUUUGGGCUCAACUGGAAGCAGAAUGUUUUGCAAUACAGAAACAGAACAAUCUUGUGCAGUGUGUUUCAUUUAAAGAUGCAUUAUCCAUGUCUUUACGACCAUAUUAAUAGAACUUUUGUACCAAUAGUUUAAUAAAAAAUAAUCUGUGUAUUUGAUAAAAUGAUUACU